CGAUAGCUUUCCCUCAUCUUCGUGUUCCUUUCCUGUGCUUUCUCAUCCUCAACUUCAAAUUCCUUACCGAUCUGAUCUACAUUCCACCUUUGGCUUACGUCUCGGUGCCGCGCCGACACUUACAAACCGUUUGGAGCUUCCCGUUGAGGAAGUAGUCCUUUGCCCUCCAGAAUUCGGACAUUAUAUUUCCCCUAGACAUCAUCAUCAUCAGCAGCAAUGGAUAGACUCACUAGGAUGAUCCAGGCCGCCCAGGGUAUGGGGAUGAACGGCUCUGCUCCAGGUGCUGAUACUCCGAACCUCCUUGAUAACUCCGAAACCGUACACAUCUCAUCUCUUGCGCUCUUGAAGAUGUUAAGGCACGGUCGAGCAGGUGUCCCUAUGGAAGUCAUGGGUCUUAUGCUGGGUGAAUUCGUGGAUGAAUAUACAGUACGAGUAACCGACGUCUUUGCGAUGCCUCAGAGCGGUACAGGCGUCAGUGUCGAAGCUGUUGACCCUGUAUUCCAAACAAAAAUGAUGGACAUGCUUAGGCAAACCGGACGACCGGAACCCGUUGUCGGUUGGUAUCACUCGCAUCCUGGGUUUGGAUGCUGGCUCUCCUCCGUUGAUAUCAACACUCAGCAAUCGUUCGAGCAGCUUACUCCUCGCGCUGUCGCUGUCGUCGUCGACCCAAUUCAGUCCGUCAAAGGCAAGGUUGUCAUUGACGCCUUCCGUCUCAUUCAGCCCCAGACGGUUGUCAUGGGUCAAGAGCCCCGACAAACCACCUCCAACCUGGGUCACCUGAACAAGCCGUCUAUCCAGGCUCUGAUCCACGGAUUAAACAGACACUACUACAGCAUUGGCAUCAACUACCGCAAGACGGGGCUUGAGGAGAACAUGCUAAUGAACCUGCACAAGCAAGUCUGGACCGAAGCGUUGCAGAUGAAUGACUUUCACGACGAAUGUCAGCACAAUGUUGACCGCAUGAAGCAGCUCGUUAACUUGGCCGAGGGCUACGAGAAACGAGUGAAGGAGGAGACGGAGCUCACUAAGGACCAGCUGAAGACAAGAUAUGUCGGAAAGGUUGACCCCAAGAAGCACAUCGAGGAUGUAAGCCAGCAAUUGAUCGAAGACAACAUCGUUGCUGUCUCACGGCAAAUGAUUGAUAAGGAGGCUUCGGUGGCACGGCAGUCUAACGGCGCGGACGGCAAAGAGCCUCAGAACGGCGUCGGCAUGGAUGUGGACGAGGAACUAUAG